CAAUUUGUGCUCCAUCCUUCUUCUUCUUCCCUCUCUUUUCUCUGUGUUUCCCUCCAUGAAAUGGGACAUGGAGAUCGAGGAAAUCGAGGCAGUCCUCGAGAAAAUUUGGGAUCUUCACGACAAGCUCAGUGAAGCAAUUCACUCAAUUUCCCGAGAUCACUUCCUCACUUCCACCAAACAUCUCAGGAAAUCCGACAACAAGGAUUCCAUCAACACCCCCGAUGCCCUCCCCAAUACUGCUGUCUUCCCUUUCAUCAACGAAUUUCGGAUCGACCUUGACGAUUCUGCCAUUCAGGAGGCCAGAAGUCUAAAUUCCAUUCGAACUGCGCUUGAGAAUCUCGAAGAUCAGUUCGAGUUUUUCCAUACCGUUAAAGUGCAACAGCAGGUUGAGAGAGAUGCUGCAAUUGCACGACUCGAGCAAAGUAGGAUUGUUCUUGCAAUGAGAUUGGCUGAACAUCAUGGCAAGAACUAUAAAGUCAUCAGUGAAGCUUUAGCCUUUGUUGGAGAUGUACGUUAUGCAGCUAACUAUGUUUCACACGAAAAUCAAUAUGGUCCAGAAUUUAGCACGAGCAGUCAAAAGCCUGUGUCGAACAGUUCAAAAAGGUCUAAUACACGGAUCCAGAUGCUAUUCUCAACUCUCAACUUUGCUAGGAAAUCCCUCAAAAUGGAUCAUGUGGGCGGGAUACUUGGCAAUGCUGCCAUGGUUGCAAUUAGCAUGCUAGCAUUUCUGCAUCUGCACCAGGUAGCAUACAAGGAGCCACCGCUGGAGAGAGACAAUAUUCCCUUCAACAGAAACCUUCGAAGAACUUCUCGGCUCGAGGAAUCUUCCCCAAAUGAAGAUUUCAGCAACUUUGACGUGUUAUCCGCGAGGGGUUAGUGUGAAUAUAUUAAACUUGUCAAGCUUUGAUGCAUCUCUUAUCUGUCUCGUUAAACGUGAGCUGGCUGUCAUGUGGAAAGAGUCAAAUGUGAUAAUGUCUGUGUAUGAAAAUUAUUUGAUUUAGUUAGAAAAUUUCUUCAUCAUUCUUGAGGUUGUCAUUUCUAUUGGAUUGAGAGUUUUAAA